AAAGGAAACAGAGUUAUAAAGUGAGGUUCAAAAGAACAAGAAAGAAAAGGCGAAAAAAAAAUAGCUUCCUUUUCUUGCUGUUCUUGGUGACUUUCACCCAUUGUUUAGCCUGGGGACAUUGAAAUGGACCUAUGACCAUGAACCUUGUGAUAAAGAGAGCCUAGGUUUCAAAUAACGGUUAGAAAAGGGAAUCUGUCUUGUUGGGUUUCUUUUUACUUGCAGAGUGAGAUAGGCAAGUUGUGAAGUGCAAGAGCGAACGAGGAGAGCAAGAGAAGAGAGCAGGGAACUGAAAAAAAAAAAAACUUUUGAGUUGUUUUGGAAAUGGGUGAAUCCGUAAAAUCAUUCUCUAAUCCUGCAGAUAUUUCUCAUAAAGCUAAAGAGGGUGACCCAAUUCGUGCUCUCACAGAAUCAGUAUCUUUCGGCAGAUUUAUGUCAGAAUCGCUGGCUUGGGAGAAAUGGUCAACCUUCUCUAACAAUCGUUACUUGGAAGAAGUGGAAAAGUUUUCAGAGCCAGGAUCCGUUGCUCAGAAGAAAGCUUAUUUUGAAGCACAUUACAAGAGAAGAGCUGCAAUGAGAGCAGCAGCCUUGCUUGAGCAAGCAAAUACCGUUAUCAAUGGUGCCUCUCAAAUGGGAACUAUAAAUGCAGCGCUUGCUGUCUCUUCCUUAAAUACAGAUUCAGCCAAUGCAGAUACCUCUUUAGCUAUGAAUCAACAGGAUAAUGGUGUUUCUGAUGUUGCGGUUGCUAAUACCGCGGAUGUAGAUGCAGGAAAUCUUAAUGUUGAACGAGAUAAUAUGGAUGUUACUGAUGCAGAAGGAGGUCAAGCAGUAAUGGAGCAAAAUGUGACUAUAGAGAAUAAUACCCAGAUUGAAAAUUCAAAGGCGCUUGAAAAUAUUGAGAACCAUGGCAUGAUUAUGGCAACCCCACACAAGAAGAUGCCCCAUAACGAAUGUACCGAUCAGAAGAACUCAACUUCAUCAAGCAACAAAAGGCCAACAAGUUCAUUGUCAAAGUCGUCAAAACCCAUCAGAGCAUCCCAACUUCCAUUAAACCCUUCUAAAAUAGUGGCUUCAGCACAAGCCAGGAGUGAUACUGAUGUUGCUAAGUUUGCAGGAAACUCAAAUGACAAGAUGAACACAAUUCCAAACUCGCUUCACAAGUCAAUUACUGUUACUUCUGGUGCCAGUAAAACUACUAAAACAUCGUUGAGAAUGCCAAAAGAUAGUCCAACUUCUCUACAAACCCCAACCAGUACAUUGAAGAAAGCUGCUGAUCAGGAGAAUUUAGCUCCAUCAAGUGACAAAAGACAAUCAAAUUCCAUGUUGAAGUUAUCCAAUCAUGGCCGAGCAUCCAAACGAGCACCUUCAAGAAUUGCGAACAACCAUGCUCUUAUUAAUAAGACGUCUGCAGUAGACUCAACUGAGCAGAGGAGAAUUGUUCAAAAAUCGCUUCACAUGUCAAUGAAUUUCACUAUGCGAACUGGUGAAACCAAUAAAACAUCACCUAAGAUAUCCAGAGAAAGUUUGACUCCACUACAAACUCCAACCAGGGCAUCUGUUAAUGGGGGUCCAAAGCUUGCUUCAAAAGUUCCUCUGUCACAAGAUAGAAGGACUAGAGCAGCACCCAAUAAGUCAGUUUCAGGAGGGGUAACAGGAGAUGGGAGAUGGCCCACUCUCUCCAACUGCUCAAAAUCUUCAACUGCAAGUGGAACUAGUAGAAGAUCUGCUAUUAGUUCCUCUCCGUUUAGUUUCAGGAGUGAAGAAAGGGCAGCAAAACGGAAAGAGUUCUUUAAGAAGCUAGCAGAUAAGAUGAAUUCAAAGGAGGUGGAAAAAUCACAAAUGCAAAUACGAUCAAAGGAGAGAGAAAAGAAUGACCUUACUAAACUCAGGCAGAGCACUGACUUUAAAGCUAGACCAAAUGAAGAUUUAUACCAUGGAUCACAGUCUUCACACAAUCAUGUUAAGAAGAUCACUUCAACUUGGCCUCAAUCACCAAAUUUUGGAAGGAAGCCACCUCCCAGCACAGUGCAGGAUGCAAACUCUAGACCUCCAAGGAGGCCUUCCAUCGAUCCUGAAAGCUCUAAGCAUGUAUUAAGGAAAAAUAACAGGAUGGCUUGUUCGAUGACCUCAUUGCCAAAGAACAGGCAUGAAAAUGCUUCGCCAAAUAUCCAACCUUCAGUUGGCAAAUAGAGUAUUUCAUACAGGUGUGAACAUGGAGAGGAUCAGUUGCUGGGUGGAUGCAGCCACUGACUUUUUUGGUUCCUUUAGUAAUUAAAUAAUUAUAGAAAUUCAAAGUAAUGUUAUGAUGGAAGAUAGAAUUUACAUUUGGGCCAAUUCCGCAUCAAUCCUACGUACAAUAAUGUAAGGAACCUUAGCUGCCUGCCUGUAUAUAAGUUUUCUGCUCUAUGUUAGUUGUGUGUGCUAAAUUGGCCCUAAGAUGCAUCUCAAAAUCAGUUGAGCGUUUUGGAGACUCAAGACCCUGCUAUACAAAAUCAAGUCAAUGAUGAGCAUCCCCUUCCCCAACUUGCGCAAAAAAUUAAAUUUAAAAAAAAAAAAUGGUAUUCUUAAGAGCAAUAAAGCUAUUUAUUCUUAUUUGAAAGAAGCAUAUAAGUGCAAUUGCUUACAUCCAUUUUUUAAACAAUCCAAAAAAGUUGAAUAGACCACACAUGUUUUUCCUCAAAAACCUCUCUUUUCUACCAAAAAUGUACGAUAAAAAUGUUAAUUGUAGUUGCUUGGUUGUGCUUUUUCAAAUAACUUGGCACUAUAAAGAGCAAAAACUAAAUGGGAGGUAUUUACCUGCAAGUGGCAGGCAACAUUUUUUAGUAAUCAAUUUGAGUUUUUGGUUUUAUAAUAUUAAUCCGGGUGUUGGAUAUACAGUUUUUUACACUCUAAAGGCUAAAUAUUGAUCAGUAAUCUCUAAGAAA